ACUGCGCUAAUGGAAAUGAAGUAAUUUUGCUGCGGUUAAAUGGCCUCUCAAUGAUGGACCGAACGAUUCCACGCGCAAUGCCGCACAGCUAGAAGCUGCUGGACAGCCUAGCCGAUCGCGUCCAGUUUCGAACACACACAUGUUCGCCGGUGCUAAAGCGUCUGCGUUCGUGUCAUGGGCUCCUUAGUACACGUAAUAUUAUUAUUGUCAUGUAUGAUAAUUCCUCAUGUCUCGUCCGAAAAAUUCAGCGACCACAAACUGGGAAUUUACAGGAGUCGUGUGCUGGAGAUGUUCCAGCACGCAUACGAUGGCUACAUGAAGUACGCCUACCCUUAUGACGAACUCCGGCCACUUUCCUGUGAUGGCGUUGACACCUGGGGCAGUUUCUCACUCACGCUCAUCGAUGCACUCGACACAUUAGCUAUUAUGGGCAACUACACGGAGUUCCGAAAGGUAGCGGCAAUGAUUGCGGAAAACAUCAAUUUCAACAUCAACAUCAAUGUUUCGGUCUUUGAGACCAACAUUCGAGUUGUUGGUGGUCUGCUUUCUGCACAUCUCCUGUCCCGAAAAGCUGAAAUGCCUCUCGAGCCAGGCUGGCCCUGCUCGGGACCCCUCUUGCGCCUUGCCGAGGAUGUGGCCACACGACUGCUUCCAGCUUUUGACACCAAGACGGGCAUGCCAUAUGGUACAGUCAACCUAAUGAACGGAGUACCACUAGGAGAGACCAGUAUCACGUGCACUGCUGGCGUGGGCACCUUUUUGAUCGAGUUUGCCACCCUCAGCCGGCUAACGGGGAAUCCAGUCUUCGAGCAGGUGGCUCUACGAGCAUUGCGAGCACUUUGGAAGGCCCGGACAUCCAUAGGAUUGGUGGGCAACCACAUUGACGUUCAGCUUGGCAUCUGGACAGCCACAGAUUCUGGCAUAGGAGCCGGCGUUGAUUCUUAUUACGAGUACCUGGUGAAAGGCGCCAUCAUGCUACAGAGGCCCGAACUUAUGCGCAUGUUUAAAGAGUAUGAGAAAACAAUAAGCAAGUAUAUGAAGCGUGAUGAUUGGUACUUCUGGGUGGAAAAUUCAUCCGGCAAAGUUACCAUGCCAGUAUUCCAGAGCCUAGAAGCAUUUUGGCCAGGUUUGCUGACUCUAAUAGGUGAUUUGGACAAUGCACGCAAGUCGUUAUAUAACUACCACCAGGUAUGGAGGGAGUAUGGUUUCACUCCGGAAUUUUACGAGGUGGUGCACGGAAGAGCUCACCCAAAGCGAGAUGGCUACCCGCUUAGGCCAGAACUUGUCGAGAGCCUAGUGUACCUGUAUCAAGCCACGAAGGAUCCACAUUUCCUGGAGAUUGGCGUCGACAUCCUUGAAUCAAUCAGGCACAGCGCCAAGACCGAAUGUGGUUAUGCAACAAUAAAGAAGGUUGGAGACCACACGCUUGAAGACCGAAUGGAGUCCUUCUUUUUGGCUGAAACGACCAAGUAUCUCUACCUCCUCUUCACUCCCGAUCACUUCAUCCACAACAAUGGCAGUUCUGCUGACAUAAUACAGACAUCAUCUGGAGAGUGUGUCAUAGACACGGGAGCCUACGUGUUCAACACCGAGGCUCAUCCCGUCGAUGUGGCAGCGGUGCAUUGUUGCAGUGUGGACAAAGCUUUGGAGGACCAAGCUCUUCGAGACUUUGCAAAGGAGUUUGACGUAAGCAAAUUGCUCGUAGACGAGCACAGAGACGAUUUCAUCAAGCCUUUGCGGGUCAGCGAAAAUAUGGCUGAUGCGGACGACAUUGGUGAUAGCAACAAGCCCCAUUGGGCCAAAUCAUCUCCAGACAGAAAACUGCCUUCACCGCCCUUGGCCCCUGCAAGUAUUCCCACUCAGGAUCCUGCCUCAUUUUUCACCGAUCUGCUCUCUUCUGAGAAGGCCGCAGAAGAAAAUGUGGAGUCGGACAAUGUGAAAGUUGUGGAUAAAGAAGUUGCGCAGGAGGACAAAUCCGACGAUGUUGAUGCCCGCAUUUUCGACUUCCUGAGUUCAGACGGAGAAGGUGAGGACGACGAAGCAAACUCGGUGACAGGUGAAACUGAGGGCAGCUAUCGACCCAAUUUGUCAAGUGCUGGCAGUCGUGACAAGGCUCUAGAGAAUGAGGGUGACAUACUAGAUGCGACCAAGCUAGAAUUCUCGUCACAGAACGAUCAUAUUCCUAGCGACCUUAAUGGUGAAGCGGGCGAUUUGACGCGGGAUGUAGCUGCAGGGUAUCCACAUUCCACAAAAUCUGAUGCAGCCGAAAUGGGUGAUACCGAUGAACUGCAACCAAACUUGUCACUAGGAGCUGUGUCGACGGAGACUAGUGUUGAUCCCUCUGAGGAAGAAAGCUCCAAUGACUUUGACCGAGACGAAGAAGAGUUUGAUGAUGAAAUUGAGGAGUACAUUAGGAGCCACGCUUCUGCAGACGAUGACAACAGUGAACCUGUUGAUGAAACUCAGCCUGCUCAGCAACCCGCUGAGCUCAAUCCUUCGGAACGUGUCUCCACGUCGCUAGAUGCCGACAAUGGCUCUCAAGGAGCAGUUCAGACGAUUCACACUUCCACUGUGAUAAGUGAUAGUGGGGUUGCGAAUUCUGCUAAAGCUGUUGAUGCCAAAGACGAUGCCGAAGUGUCAGAGUUUAGCAAACAGGGCAAGGAGAAUCAUGUUCAAGACAGCCUGGUUGAGGCAAUUGGCAGCAAUAGCAGUGACGGCCCCGACACACAUACAAGCAGUACGGUAAAUGCAACAGCGGGCUGGAAAGCGGAAGUGAAAGAAGUUAGGCUUGCUCCUGGAGAAGAGGAGGAAGUGAUAAUCGUUGAUGCAAAUAAGAGUGAAGCUAGAACUUCUAGUGAUGUGGCUGCACACUCCAUAGGCCUCUUGCAGCAAGCUCUUCAAGAAGCAUUCGGCAAAAUGUCGUCACUGAAGACAGAAGAUUCCGAGCACUGCGUUAAAAAGCCAGCGAAGGAGUUAAAUGGGUGGCUAAUGCUCACGUGCCCAUCGCAGCCUUUCACGUCGAGGCUUGCAUUCCGAGGGGAGAUGUUUAAUGUUGGUUAGGUCAGUCAAGGUUAGUUUUAGGAGCCGAAUGUUUACCAGAGCUGGCAAGCUGCACUGGAGAACAUGACACGCAUCCCAUUGACGUAGUGAUUGAUAUUGUGUUCCUCUCUCAGGAACAAAUUACAAAAGAAAUUGCAUAUGUUGCAAUUUUCAUUAGUCAUGCCCAAUUUAAAUUGUUUAUUUUUACUAUAUACACCACUACAUUAAAAUGACAUACGUAGAGGUGUGUUGGCUACAGGCAAAGCACCAGUAUCAAUAAAAAGAAGUUAUUUUAUGGCA